AUGUCAGCAGCCCUAGCUUCAGCAGCAGCAAAGAGUCCCACUCGUCCGUUUAGCAACACAGGCGAGAGGGUGUCCACCAUCGGAUACGGUGCAAUGGGCCUCGCAGCCUUCUACGGCAAGCCAAAGACCCAGUCAGAGUGCGAUGCGGGUGAGUGGCCAGCCCGCCAGCAGGGCAUGCCAUGCCAUGCAUGCCAUUACGGCCUUCGCUCUGCGCUCCUGAGCUGACAUCUCGCUCUUGCUGAUCACGACCGCAUUCAGUCUUUGAGCGCCUCUUGCAGCUGGGUGUGACCUUUUGGGACACCUCUGACAUCUACACUUCUCGACCUUCCCUGGGUCAGGGCGAAGAGCAGAUUGGCUCGUGGUUCAAAAGCGCAGGCAAACGUGAUCAAGUCUUUCUCGCCACAAAAUGGGGCUUCGCGCUAGAUGGUCAGGGCAACAGGAGUCAACAUGGUGAAUAUGAUUACGCCAUUUCGGCUUGCGAAGCAUCUCUUAAGCGCUUGAACACGGACAAGAUCGACUUGUACUACCACCAUCGCCCUGCUCCUGGUCAGAUCGAGGACAGUGCGAGAGCAAUGAGGGAUCUGAAGCAGCGCGGAUCCAUCAGAUAUGUCGGAGUGUCCGAGUACAAUCUGGAUCAGCUCAAGGCAUUCAACGACAUUGUACACAUUGACGCUUUCCAAAUCGAGCUCUCUCCCUGGACACCUCAGCCUCUCUUCAACGGUCUGGUGGAUUGGUGCACGGCGAACAAGACGCAAAUCGUUCCUUAUAGUCCUUUGGGUCGCGGCUUCUUGACUGGCAAGUACCAAAAACCAUCCGACCUGUUCAGCGAGGGAGAUUUCCGAAGCGCAAAUGCGCGUUACACAGAAGAGGCCUUUGCGCACAAUAUGAAGCUGGUGGAUCAGAUUCGUGCGAUCGCAGCGCAAAAGGGAGCCAACGUCACGCCCGGUCAAAUUUCUCUCGCUUGGCUCUUGGCGCACGGCGACAAUAUCACACCCAUCCCUGGAAGCACGCAGAUUGCGAACAUCGAAGAGAAUGCAAAUGCUGCUGCGAUUCAAUUGACGCGCGACGAAGUGGCGAGCAUCGACAAGUUGGUGCAGGAAUUCAAGACGCUUGGUGAACGCUACCCUGCUUCGUUCCAAGCUACGCUCGCCUUUUGA